AUGAGCACUAACGAGGGUUCUGAAUAUAUGAAUUCUAAUGAUUUGGAAACCCCAGUCAUUGAUAAGAACGGUAUUGAUGUUUCUAAUGAAAACGAUGCUGACGAAUUUGAUCAAGCUCAAUUAGAAAAACUUUCUGAAAAGGAAACUGAUGACGAUAAUGAAAAUGACAACAACAAUACUUUGGAUAACAGUAUCACCUCGAUGAGUGAAAAUGAUAGAUUAAAUGAUGAUAUAAUUCCUAAUGCUAUUGUAAUUAAAAACAUCCCAUUUGCUAUCAAGAAGGAACAAUUAUUGGAUAUUAUCGACGAAAUGAAUUUACCUCUUCCAUAUGCCUUUAAUUAUCAUUUUGAUAAUGGGAUCUUUAGAGGUUUAGCAUUUGCAAAUUUUACUACUGCUGAAGAAACUCUGGAUGUUAUUACUAAUUUAAACGGAAAAGAAAUCAAUGGCAGAAAAUUGAAAGUUGAAUAUAAGAAAAUGUUACCUCAAGCUGAAAGAGAAAGAAUUGAACGUGAAAAGCGUGAAAAGAGAGGUCAGCUUGAAGAACAACAUAGAACAAUUUCAAAUUUAUCAUUACAAUCCUUAGGCAAAAUGUCAUCUGUUAGCCUGAAUCAAAAUAACAGUAAUAUCCCGAAUGGAAAUUUUGCUAACAAUAGUAAUAAUGCUGCCACAGUUAGCCAUCAAAUAUUUUCAAGUUUAAUGAAUGGCAACAAAACAGGAAAUAGCAAUAAUAAUAUGAAUAAUAACAAUAGUGGUUCAAAUGGUCUUGCACAACAAAGUACUUCCAAUUCGUAUUACUCUCAGAAAUCUCAAUAUCAGUACCAAUCUCGAUCACAACAACAACCAAAGUCAACCUCUCAACAACAACAAAUCCCACCAUUUGGUUACGUUCAAAACAAUGGAAGCUCUCAAAACAUUACUGCUGGUAACAACAACAAUAGUAACGGUCAAUCUAACGGAAACUCCAAUGGUGAACGUUACUAUGCUCCAUUACCAUCUUCAUCAACUAUUCCUAUCCCACCACAACAAUUGGAUUUCAAUGAUCCUGACACUUUAGAGAUUUACUCCCAGCUAUUAUUAUUUAGAGAUAGAGAAAAAUAUUAUAGUGAACUAGCUUAUCCAAUAGGUCUCAGCGCAAAUUACAAACGUGUGAUUAAUGUUCUUUGUUCUUAUUUGAAUUUAAUUGAAGUGUAUGAUCCAAGAUUUGUUAUAAUUAGAAGAAAGUUUUUAGAUCAAGCCAGUCUACAAACACAUUUACAACAACAAGGUCAAAUGCCAAUUAUGCAUCCAUUACAACCAAAUUCUACUGGUGGUUCAUUGAAUAGAUCUCAUUCUUACACUAGUCUAUUGCAAGCCCAUGCAUCAGCUGCAGCCGCUGCUGCUUCCAAUACAAAUGAUAACAACAGUACUGUUUCUCAUAAUUCAUCAACUUUGAAUAGUAAUGGUACUGCUUCUUUGUUAGCUCAAACUGCUGCUGCUCAACAAGCACAAACUUUGUCAAGAGGUUUCCAAAACCAAUCUCAAAGUAUUUCCUCCCCUACACCUGCUUAUCCAAGCAGUUUCUACAGUAAUGAUCAAGCUCAAGGUUCUAAUCCAAGCUUACAAUCUCCUUUACUCUCUACUUCUAACAGUCAAUCACAACAACCACAAUCCCAAUCUGCCAAUUCUUCCCAAUCUGCUCAACAGCAAGCAUUUUUGAGACAACCUAAUCCAUUGACCCCAUCAGCAAGAAUUCCAUCUGGUUAUUCUUCAAACACCCAAUUAUUGAACUCGUCGAAUCCACUAUUGAGAAAUUCUAACAUGGUAAAUAAUAAUCAAUCACCUCAAACUGCUACAACACAAAGAAUUUUAUCAUCAUUGCAUAAUAAUUCAUCCUCUCCAUCUCAACUUCAUGAUCAAAUUGUUCCUACCCAAUCUGACAAUCCUUUAUUGCAGCAGAAUACUAGUGGUUCCGUUCAAUCUAACUUUUCUGCUCACUCCUUCCAUGAUGAUUCAGCCAAUAUGCUUCUAAAUGCAAAUAAUAAUAGCAAUGUUGAUAUUAUUUAUGGUGGUACUUCUGGUAUUGGUCUUGACAGUGGUCUAGAACACCAUUUGAGUAGAUCUUUAAGUGGAUUGGAUGUCUCUGGUACGAUGAAUAACAAUAAUAAUAGCAACAGUAACACGCCAAAUAUGAAGAGAAGCAUGUGGUAA